UCUUCAAUCUUUGGUCAGUCUUCCUCUCAUCCCAGGUGAUAUUAUAUACUGGAUUUGAGAACUGUGACAAUGGAAAAAAAACAGGAAAAAAUGAAGAACAAAAUGAUUGUCCUACAAAGGCCUUUUGAGAAAAUAAGGGACAUUGACAAUAGCAAAUCACUAUGGAGAGUUGCUGUCAGAGUGAAGGAUUUGUGGAUAGUUCGUCAUGCAAAAUCCACCAAACACCACACUGAGAUGGUUCUAUGUGAUGACCUGGGUGAUGAAAUUCAAAUGACUGUUCCUACUGAUUUGCAUGAGAAGUGCAAAACUCAAUUCCAUGUUAACAUGACAUGCACCAUUCAGAACUUUGAUGUGGAGAAAAAUAAUCUUUCUGUUAAAGCAUGUGAACAUAAAUUCAAAUUGAUUUGGACUGGAGGUAGUUUUAUUGAAGAUGUUAAUGAACAUAAAAUUCCAAAACCUGGGUUCAAGUUCAAGGAUUUUGCUGAUAUAAAAAAUGGAAUCGUUCGUUCAGAUCUUUUGAUAGAUGUUAUUGGAGCCUUUCAUGAACUUGGGUAUACUCAGCUUCUGCCUGGUGGGAGAAAACUUCAAGUUAAUUUUAAGCUCAAAGAUCUUGCUGGAAAUAUCUUGAACUGUACUUUGUGGGAAGACUUUGCAACACAGUUUGCUAAAUACAACAACGAAAGGACUGAUUGGGGACCAACCAUUGUACUUAUUCACAAUGCUAGGAUCAAAGAAGCUACUGAUCAAUUUGAACUUGGUAUCUCUAAUGUUUGGAAUGGGACGCAAUUGUUCAUCAAUGAUGAUAUUCCAGAAAUUAUAGCUUUUAAAGAAAGUUUAAGUGCUGAAGAAAGCUGUGGUAAUCAGAGUCAGCAGCUCAGUUGCCAGUCUCAAAUGUUAACGCAGUCAUCUCCGAUGACUCAACAAUCAUCUGGUGAUAAAUUUCUCAACAAUGCACUCAUUCUGCCACUUCCUCAAAUUUUGGCCCUUCCUGAGCCGGCGUCAUGUGUUACUGUUGUUACGACAAACAAAAUCUUACCUACAAAAUUUGGUUGGUACUACAAAUUGUGCGGACAAUGCCUUAGAUCAGCUAAGGGGGAUACUCUACCUCUAAAAUGUGAGAAAGACCAUGACACUUAUGUCAUCAAUCUUAGGUACAAAAUUGACGUUGAGGCGGAAUAUGAAGGUGUUAAGACAACUUUGGUGUUUUGGGAUCGCGAGUGCAAUGAGCUUAUUGGACACACUGCUGCAGAAUUACACACCAUGAUGGUGGAGGGUGGCAUUACAAACCCUUUGGUGUAUCCGGUUCAGCUUGACAAUUUCAUGAAAAAGACUCUUGCGUGCAAAAUCAAGUUGCAACUACCUUGGGGUAACUAUAGUGUGCAAGGAGCUAAGGCGGAUCAAACAAUUAUUCAGGAAGUUCUUGAUCAUUUUCCAAAAAAUGAGGGAACUUCUAAAUUGGCUAUUGCUUCAUCUGAAAAUAUCGAGCUUGAGGAGGUAAGUGCACCUGAUCAAAUGAUUGAAGAUCAAAAAAGUGACAAAGAUGAAGACUUUGUUUUUCCAACAGUAAAUCUAUCUGAUUCUUCUGAAUAUGAUCCUGAUCAUAUUCCACUCACACCAGCCAAAAGAACUGCAACCAAUCAAUCUGUUCCGCAAGAUCUUGCUGAUGCAUUGGCUCCGACAAAAAGUUCAUCCUCAAAAACAACCUUGAAGCAGUUGAAGAAAAACAUCAAGCGUGAAAAAAACCCCUGAUCAAAGUGCAUUGUUAAUAAAAAAAUUACUUUUGCAAUAUCUUUUGAGACAUGUUUUGUUAAUCUAAGUACUAUUUGACGGAAUUCGUUCCGAACAAUCGUCCUCAAUGUGUUCUUUUUUGGGCAUCUACUUUGAUUUCCUACUACUACCUUUCAAUCUAACCCGCCAGAUUAUGUAAAUUAAUGAAUCAUGUACUAUGUUGAUGAAUGUUGAUCAAAAA